GUCGGGCGGUGACGGUGGGACGGGGGGGACGCAGAGCUGCCGCAGCCGGACCGGGUGGGAGCAGAACCACCCCGGCCUGCAUUCACCCAUCUCUGUGAAUCCGAGGAACUGAUCAUCUUUUCCACUCCACCAUGCGGGAUUACACGGACACCACGAGCAACGGAGGAGGCUACAUGCCGUGUUGCCAAGUUUGCGUUUUCGUUUUUACCGCAUUCCUGGUCGUUGCGGAGAGGACGGCCGUGAUCUAUUGCUUUGUGUAUUACAUUUGGAUUGGCCACAACUACUGCUAUGCUCAUCUUGCUGGCUUCACGGCACUCUUCCUGCUCCCAGGUUGGGGUCCACAGUGGCUCAGUUACCUGUGGUAUCUCUCGGAUGGAAAAAUCCGCAGGAAAUCUCUCAGAUGGACUCACAUAUUACACCUGGGUAUCUUUAAAAGGCUGUGGGACUGUAUGCGUCUCCCUGAUGAGGAUGUUUAUGGAGAAAUCAUGCAGCAGGCUGACGUGUCUGCGUUACGUCUGUUUGAGGCCUUGGUGGUCACGCUCCCCGAAACGCUGCUCCAGACCUACGUACUCAUCUGCACCGACAUAGGAGUCCGCUCUCCUGCCUCGGUGUGUUUUGCUGUGUGUUUGCUGUCUCUGGCCUGGGCGCUGGUUCUCUACGCCAGAUCCUGCUCACUCAUCAGACCGGGACACCUGCACAUGACUCCAGCUGCCAUUCUUUGCCGACUCCUGUGGAGGGUUGGCAUGUUGGGAUCCCGGUUUGCUGUGCUCAUGCUCUUCACGCGCAUCUUCAAGCAGUGGGUCCUGGGAGUCAUUGGUGUGCACUGGCUGGGGGCAACUUUCUGGAUGGUGUCUCAGCAAACCGACGUCAUCCGUUCAACUAGUCGAUGGAGUAUUUUCAACCUCGUUCUGGGAGCCGUUCACGUCUUUCUCUUCCUCAACGUGAAGUACGGGCCAUCCAGAUACCGCAUGGCUGCGUUUUACCUGGUCAUGUUUUUAGAGAACGCUCUUCUUCUUCUGGCCUCCUCCUGGUUUUUUGCUAUGGUGUCCUGGGACACUGUGGGGAUCCCGGCUGCAGUCUUCUGCAGCUUCCUCAUUGGUGUGAUAGCGUUGGUGCUGUACUACCGUUUCCUGCAUCCCAAGUCUUUUGAGAUCUUCCAGAGUAUUCGCCACAGGGGGAUUGGUGGGGCCUGCAUGGAGCGAGGAUCUACACUCUCACUGGAGGAGAAAGUCGAGCCCAGUUUCCAUCACCGUACAACAUUGUCUGGAGGUGGGACCCUAAUGGACCUUCCCAUCCAAUGGGAAGGCUGGAAGCAUCACCACUGGCUGCUGAUUCGCUUAGCUCUUAAGACAGGAGACGUUUCAAGGAUCUGGUCAGCGUAUGGAGAAGGCGGACUGGCCGGACUCAUGGGUCUCCCAGAAGAGAUUCACUCCCCUGACAUGCAUCACGUACCCCGGGUUCCACCUCCUCAACCGAGAGUUCUUCAAAUCUCACACCCGGUUCCUCAACCAGCCCCUCCAGCCCCUCCAGCUCCUCCACCGCUGGUCGUCCAAACUCCUCAGUCGCCAGCUUUAGCUGUCUUUUCUGUACCCCAGGUGAGUGAAGUCGUCCAGCCACCUAAACCAGCUUACAGCAACAUUGUGGCCCGACCAGUGAGAAAAGCUCCUCCCACAACCAUCAAGGACAUGAGGUUUCCAGAGAUCAUCCCUUUCCAGGAGGUCAUUCCUGAGGAAACCGCAGAGGACGAAUUAAGCGCGGCUCCAUCAGAUGAUAAAGGUGAUGAGGACUUCCAGAGCGCUGCUUACGGCUCACCGUCUCUGUCAUCUCCUCAACUUGGCGGAAGCCUCCGGCACAUCGACAGCAACGCCGCGUCUCUCACAGAGGCGUCCUCCUCCGUGGCCUCUCUGGACAUCAAGACGCCCGGCUGGUCCCCUGAGCGCCGCUCUCCUCUCCUGUUGGCCUCCCCAGAGAAGAAGGAGGGAACCCCAGCAGAAUCCAACACUACUCUGUAUUUCAGCGCAGAUGCGCCGUCGCCGUCCAGCGGCAGCUACCUGGGCUGGGGCUCGGAGCUGUCGCCUAUUUCCUCCUACAGAAGACCCUAUCGGAUCAGAGAAGCCCGCUUUGUCACGUCCACCCCUCGACUGGAGGCUGCAGGUGGAGCUGAAAGCCCCGGCCCGUCGCCGGUUGUUAUCAUUCCUGCCACUCCUGGCACAACACCGGGUACCACUCCAGGAGGAACACCUGGAGCCACCACACCUGCAGCUUCCACUCCUGGUGCUGCCACUCCUGGUACUCCACUCACACCAGUCAUCUCCCACGCUCGCAAACAGAUGGUGCAGUUUGUGGACUUUAGAGAGAAUUUAGUGUAAAGUAAAGGAAAAGCUAACAUUUCCAGUUCAGCUGUUCAGUAUAUAAAAGCAUUCUUGUAUUAACUAACUUGUUGGAGAAUUAUGAAAUCUUUUUAGGCAGUCAUAGAGUUCAUCUAUAAAAUAUUUAUCCUUUUGUGCAGACAGAUUAUAUUACAUAAAAUAGGAUUGUAAACUGAUGGCUCUUCCAAUAUAUGGACAAUACUUAACUCUUACAGAUUUGUAAGAGUUAACCCUUAAAGGUGACCUAUUUUGUGUCCAUGAUCGGGUUAGGAUUUAUCUAUGGGCAUUUUCUUUGCACAAAAUAAUUAUUAGAUAAUGACAUUUACUCAGAAUGAGCUGUUUUAGGGCCUCAUGUCACUUUAAAUCCAAAUAAGCUGCUGGCCACACCCCCCAAUUCAACGUUUAUACUCAAUUAUACAACAGUACAUCCUUGAAAAGCAUUAGUAGAGCCUCCUGUACAACCAACAAGAAUUUAUCACGUGGUUUCUGGAUGGUAAAUCAUCAACUUCCUGUAGCCAUUGUACAGCAUACAGCGGUGAAACCAGCUGACCAAACAUGCUGGAGCCCCACUUUGGUUGCUAGGUAACAGUUCAGUGCCCACUUAAAAUGAAUUAACAUUCAGGAGGUUUUUGAAGCGCUUGUUUUCCAGACACCAUAAAACUUUAGCUUGUUGUCAAAAAACAGCUGGGUGUUUUUUUAAAAUGUUUUUAGAAGCAGUAGAAACACAAAUGGAAGUACAAAAACCUCCAAAAUGUGACAUUUGGGUAAUAGGUCACCUUUAACUAACUUGUUGCCGAGUUAUGAGAUGUUUUUAGGUCAUCAUAGAGUUCAUCCAUGAAUUAUUUAUUCUGUCUGCUCUUUUGUGCAGACAUAUUAUAUUACAGGAAAUAGGAAUGUAAAAUGAUGGCAUUUCAAAUAUCUGAACGUUACACAGGUUUGUGAGAGUUACCACUUGACACGUUAUUUGUUUGUUAGUGGUCCGCUGGUUUGGGAUCAUGUUAUCACACUUACAUUUUCCAGCUGGUUGUAAUACGCAUGGACAAGGUUUGAAAAGUGCAAACAUCUUUAAGUGACACAUUAUAUAACAUAUGAGGUGAAAAUACUAUUAUUAAAUCUCAGUAAUUUAAGCAAAAAGUGAAACUCAUAUAUUAUAAAGAUUCUUUGUACAGGUAGGGAUUAAAAUUUCAUUAAUCUUGAUGAAAUGGAUUAGAGUUAAUGAUGAGCCAAACUUUCAUAAAUCUGAAUAUUAGAAAAGACUAAUAAAAAAUUACCUUUAAUAUGACAUUACAAGCCUACAGAAAGUGAUGUUGACUUUGUUUGGGCUCCUUCUACCACACUUUUUCCUUCCACUCAACAUUCCGUUCAUAUGAUUGGAUUCAGAUCUCCAGAUACUUUCAAGAAAAUGGCUUUCACACUGUGAAGGAUAUCAAUGACUGAAAGAAACUGUAUGGUUUCUGUAUUGAAAAUACUUUUUAAAUUAUCUUUAUUGCCAGCUUAAUUUUGAGCUUUGGUUAGCUGUCAGCAAUAUUUAUCACUUGAUGCAAUACUUCAAGGUAAUAUGCGAGUUUCACUUUGCAGCAUUAAAAUGCGCAUCAACAAUUGCUGCUUUCAAACAGACUAAUUAAAACUGAUAAGCAAAAUAAUUUGUAGAGAAAUCCACAUUGUCUUUAUUCGGAUUUUAAUUUAAAAUAAUAAUGUGGAAAACCUUGUUGAUGAUCGAGGGAUUUCACUCAUUCUUCAGUCAGUUUCUCAGUGUUGCUGUUUACACACGAUUGUAACGUGAAAGGUCAAAGGUCGCAUUUUAAACAAAGGGAUCUGUUCAUGUUUUAUUUCCACUCUUUGGCAAACUAACAAAAAACAGAUAAUGUGCAUGUUCGUAAAAUAGUCCUGAUCAAUAUUUCAUGGUUUCUGAAGGUUUUUCUGCAGAUUGUUUUUAUUGCUUGUGUAGCUUCUAACUUCUGAAUCAUUCAGGCAUAAAACAGUUUUGAGCAAAAAUAUUUUGCCUCAUAGUUGAUGGCAGUUUGUCACAAAAAAUAUGUUUUUGCUAAUUUCUUAGCUGAAUCUAUGAACAAAUGCCAGAGUUAAUAUUGUAGUACCAAAAAUGUGAUGUCCAAGAAACUACUAGCUGAAGACCAGUGGUUUGUAACUCUAGCUAGUAAAGAAAUGUUGAUUUAUUGAACUAGACUGGUGGACCCCAAACUUGCAGCUUGUGACUUACAAAAUAGCAGCGUAAGAAAUUCACCAUCCUACACUUUUAAAUUACAGACGUUUCAUAGAGGCUCAGGUGGUUCUUAUUUGGUCAUGUGACGGUGAUAAACGCAGCGCAGGAUUGUUUCCUGCAACAAAGAAGAAAUAUCAGCGUUUUUGUUGUUUUUUUACAGUGUGAAAGAGGAAGGGAAGAAUAAAAUGUCAAGUUAUUGGCCAUAACAGCACUGUUAACAUCGGAUAUCAAUAUCGGUCCAAAGUUUCAUGUCGGUGCCUUCCUACUUGUGAACGCUUCACAAUCCUGAUCAGUUGAUUUGCACAAGAACAGAACAGAGGAUUAAACAGCCGCUAGGGCAUAAUUUAUUAAAACUGGAGAGUCCCUCAGUGUUAUCGAGCUGAUUUGGAAAUAAGGUUUGUUGUUUCAAUGGAUAAUAAUGACCUACUUAGACACCUUAAGGGGUGAUUUCAAAAUAAGGUGCAUGAAAAUAAGUCUGCGUUUUAAGUUCAUGAUGCUAAUCCAGCAUCUUACCAUUGCUGCUCUGCAAAAACACAAAAUCUUACCAAGUAUUUUUUGUUUAAUUUUUUGUGCAAAUGUCUUAGUUCACUUGAAAUAGGACAAAAUCAACAAGUAACUCUUUAGCAUGAAAUAUGAGUUUGUUUAAAGUUAAUAAUUCCUCAGUAUUGAUUUUUAAAAAAGUACUAGAUCCACUGGCCGAUUAUUUCACUUAAAACUUGUACUUUUUUGGCAAUAUUAAUGAAUUAUUUGCUUAAAACAAACUCCUCCAUCUUGCUGAAAAGUUAGUUUUGUAUAAUUUCAAGUCUACUAAGAUAUUUGAACUAGAAAUUAGACUAAAAAUGGUAGAAAUUGUUACAUUUGUAGUGUGAGGUGAUGGAUUUCUGUUUCUUUUUAUUAUCCUGCUGGUUUUUUCAAAAACAAAACAAAACAUGGCGAUCAUGUUUUGACUGGCUGCUGGCUUCUUUUUUUAAGAAGUAGAGCUUAAUGGUGGAAACGCAAAUAAAUAGUUUAGUAAAUUCCUUUCCCAGUUAGACACUGGUACCAGUUUGGUGAGAUGAGGCCUAAAAGAGACAGCAUCAACUGCCAAUACAAUAUAUUUAUUUUAUCUUGUCGUAAAAAUUGUUUUUAUCUCUUCUGACACUUUUAGCAUAAAUGUUCUUCUCCAUGAUCUUUCUGGUAAUUUAGUUUAAUUUAUGAAGCGAUCUGACUCUCACUCUUAUCUUAGGAAACCACAGAUAUGGACCACUUUACAUUUCAACGCCGUUAACUCUUUCAAAGCAAAAUAAAAAAUUUUAAAAAAUCAAUGUAAAGCUUCAGACUUUAACCUGAUUGUUGUUUAUUAUUACUUACAUUUUAUAUAUGUAUAUUUCUAAACUUUGACUCAAUUCCUUAUUAAAAAAUAAAUAAUUAGAUGGUUUUCAUUCCAAGCUAACAGUCUGCCGGAAGGAAAUGACUACAACACUUUAUUUGCUUUCUUGUUUUGUAAAAUUAAUGACCAAUUUUCACUGUUUACUGAAGACUAAGGUCAGAAAACCAGACAUUGAGACAAGGAAAGGAAAGGUAGGGGAAGACAACAAAAUGAGCCAGAAUGCAAUGAAAGUAAAAGAAAACCCAAAUAAAAAACAUAACUUAAGAAACAAUGAAAAAAACAACCUGAUUAAUUUAGAUUAAAAAGUGAAUAUAUAGGAAAGGUUCAAUAAAAAAUGGAAAAUGUUUGAACUGAUGUUUUAUUCAUGCCUUCCAUGUUGUCUGUUGUGUUGAUUUUUCAUAGCGCUGUGAUAUUAUAGCAGACAUCUUAAUACAUCAGUGUUUUUGAACCUGUAAAAUAAAUGUGUGGUAUAUUUCACAGGCAGGUAAGCUGCUCUUGUUUGAAGACAUGAAAACAGAAGAUUAGAAACACAUAAAAGAAAGAAAGAGCUAAAGCUGACAUGCUUUAGGCAGAGCCGAUUUAUUACUAAGAACAAAUCCAUUCACAGCAUCAUCACUGCAUGGUUCUCAAAGAAGCAUAUAGGAAGAAAGGACAGUAAUUUGAAAAGACAUGCACAGUAUUGUAGCUAACAUUAAUUUGUAUGUUUAUGCAACAGCAAUAAGGCAGCUUAUGCAAUGGAUAUCUCACAGCGCUACUGAGAAAAAUACACGCUCAUGCUUUACACCAGAUACGCUUCGCCUUGUAGAAAUACUGUCAGCUGCCACACUUGCCUGCUUUCCCUUUGGUACUUAAUGAAAAUAAGAAUGUUGUAAAAUAUUUUCAUUGGGUUUUUAUGUGUUCAAUUUAAAAAAUUGAAGGUUUGUGUUGGAUGUUUCUGUAAAAAGCAGAUUUGUGAAAAGUGUAUCACUGAUGCAAAAACUUGCUUUUUUCUUUUUUUACAAACAAGCAUCACCUUAUUUGUGCAAGGCUUUACACAGGACCUCUGUGGUAGAAGUGACCCAUAAAGUGUGUUAUUGAUGUGACAAAAAUAAAGACAUUUAUCAUGACG